AUGGGUGUAUCAAAAAAUAAAAGGGACAACAAAAAUAGUCCGUGUAUAAAGCUUUCAAAGGUCAGAAGAAGUAAAGUCAAAACAGGCUUUAUUGGUGGCUAUUGCGGUUUAGAGAAUUUGCGCUCAAACGUGAAAUCAGAUUUUGAGCUGAUAUUUUUUUAUUAUCAACAGUUCUUGGCGUUGCUGGAGCGCAAUGUGGUCGCCAACAUGAGUCUGCAGUACCGCCAGAUGACACUGUUUGCUCCAACCAACCAAGCUUUCCAAAGAUACACCGGAGAAAUGGACGAUUCACUUGUUCUUUUUCACAUAUCAAAUUUGGCAACGACACUCACAAAUUUGGACUAUUCAAUAUCGUCAGAGCUAGACGGGAACCCUCCCCUGUGGAUAACGAGACGACGGGACUCUAUGCACGAUGACAUUUACGUCAAUAAUGCCAAAGUUGACAUCACAAGGACGUAUCAAGCCACCAACAGAAAUGGCAAACAACAGGUGCUUCACGUAAUAGACCAAGUACUUCAACCCUUGUUGCCUUUAGGGCAAAGCUCCGUCGGCACAACCGUGUAUAACCCUAACGCCUACCAGUUUCUGGAACAUUCGGAUUUGUUCGAUAUUGGACAACAUCGCCUCAGGUCGUUCCGUCAGAAAGUAAACCAAAUCCCAAAGAAGGACGUUUUUGAUGCCGACGGCAGACACACGUUCUUCAUUCCAGUUGACGAAGGUUUUAAGCCCACAACGCGAUCCGAUCUGAUAGAUGGAAAGGUGGUAGAUGGCCACGUUAUUCCACACCAUGUCCUCUUUACGCAAGCAACUCCAGACGGUGAAGAGUUUAAAAGCAUGGCCUUCAGUGAUAACGUCAAGGUCAUCAUUUCCUUCACUUCCACCCCUAACGGCAAAACCGACAUCACGUACGUGAAAUCCAAUACAGUCGCCGGCGACGCAAAACACAGUCGUGGCGUUGUACUGGCUGAUAUUGUGAGAGCUAACAUUCCGGUUAAAAAUGGAGUGGUUCAUCUCAUACAACGACCACUAAUGGUGGUUGAUACUACCGUCGUAGAUUUCUUGAAGGCGAGGAAGGGAAUCGAAAAAGAAGACGGACCUUUGUGUAAAUUCUACGAAGUGAUCAUGGACUUAGGCGAGCACAAUCAGUUUCUUAACGAGCUUACUCUAGCCAAAGACAUCACGCUGUUUGCGCCUUCAAACGAAGCUUGGAACGAACCGAAUGUGCAAAAUAUUAUAAGAAAUCACCAAAAGCUUAAGGAUAUCCUGAAUCUCCAUUUGGUGCGGGAACGACUACCGUUGGACGCAAUCAUUCAUAAUAAUAUGAACCAGCUUCCUGGCGCAAUAUAUCAAGCACCAACUGCACUGCCAAGGAAGUAUCUGUACUUCAAUGUUAUCAAUCAUCAAAACAAUCUGACUCUAACUGUCGAAGGCGGUGGUGUUAACGCGACCGUGACACAGACAAAUAUAGCCGCAACCAACGGCUUUGUUCAUAUUAUCGACAGAGUUCUUGGUAUUCCUUACACUACUGUAUUCGAGAAAAUGAAGACGGAUCCUAUGCUGAACAUUACUUACAACAUGGGCAAGCGACAGAUGUUUAAUCAGCAGCUGAAAGAAAUGGAGCAUCGGUUCACAUACUUCGUGCCUCGAGACCACGCCUGGCUCAAAUUCCAAAUAAGGCAUCCCACUGCAUAUAAAGCACUGUUCAGAGAGGAUUUCGGAUAUUACACUAAGCAGAUUCUGGAGCGUCACGUUAUUCGUUCGGAACGCUCCUACACCGUCUCAGAUCUAAAGCUGCUCGCAAACGAGACUCAUCCUUUCGUUCUACCGACAACUCGCGACCCGCUACGCUUACGAGUCAAGGAAUCCGAUAAAAAUUACUACGUUGAAUGGAACGGCCAUUGGAUCCACGUUUUCCGACCCGAUGUUGAAUGCACUAAUGGAAUUAUUCACGUGAUAGACGAACCGUUUGUCCUGGAGAGUGACAUUCACGUAACUGGUGGCGUCACUCGUUCGGCUUACACCUUCUCUCUCAUUAUACCAUUUAUAAUCGCUAUUAUUUUGAACAACUAA